AUACCCCCCCUCCCCUAACCAACGAACAAAGCACUGCCUCCUAGUCUUCAUCCUUGACUUCACCAUUACACUAUCGCGGUGUCGGUGGGUUUGCUCCGGCAACCUGAAUUCUGCAGACGACAUCCAUACACUUCCGAUACUCAUCGCUUGCCGCGAAACAUAUGGCUGGUUUUCGUCUCAUCUCAUUAGCCACUCUCUUCUUUGUUCUCUUGAUUGCUACUACCGCUUUUGCUGAGAUCCGAUCCACCAAGAUCCGAUCCGAUGCCCGAUCUGCCAUACCCUUCGACGAAUUUGGGUUCACACACUCCGGCCGUCUUAACCUCUCCGUCACCGGCAUCUCAUUCUCCGUACGGAAAGGUCAACCGGAUCCGCCCCUUUCCCAGCUAGGGUUCUUCCUCUGUACCCUAGAUGCCUGGAUUCACGUCCUCGAGCAGCUCCAAGCCGGGGAAAUCCCAUGCACACUCGAAUCGGAACUUAUAAAAAAGGUCUUCACUUUCGAUCAGAUCAAACCAUCUACGCAUGAGUUCAGCACAUCCUUCAAGGUAUCGGAGGCAAACCAGUUCACGCUGGUGUUCGCUAAUUGCGUCCCAGAUGUGGAAGUUUCCAUGAAUGUUAACUCAGUGAUGUAUAAUUUCAACCCGAAAACGGGUCAGCUUGAUUUUCUUUCCGCAGGCAAGGCAUCUCUACCGGCUAUAUACUUUCUGUUUUUCUUGGUGUACAUGCUUCUGGCCGUUUUUUGGAUCUAUGCACUUUACCAGAAACGCUUAUCUGUGUAUAAAAUCCAUUUCUUCAUGCUUGCUGUUGUGAUUAUGAAGGCUCUGAAUUUAGUGUGUGAGGCUGAGGAUAAAUCAUACAUUAAGAGGACCGGAACUGCCCAUGGGUGGGAUGUUGUGUUCUACAUAUUUAGCUUCUUGAAGGGGAUAUCAUUGUUUACUCUGAUUGUUCUGAUUGGGACUGGUUGGUCAUUCUUGAAGCCAUACCUGCAAGAUAAAGAGAAGAAGGUGUUGAUUGUAGUCAUCCCAUUGCAAGUUGUGGCCAAUGUGGCUCAGGUUGUGGUGGAUGAGACAGGACCGUUUGGUGAGAGCUCAUAUACAUGGAAACAGGUUUUCUUGCUAGUGGACAUAAUCUGCUGUUGUGCGGUAUUGUUCCCCAUCGUGUGGUCCAUAAAGAACUUGCGCGAGGCUGCCAAGACGGACGGAAAGGCUGCAGUGAACUUGAUGAAGCUGACAUUGUUUAGGCAGUACUAUAUAAUUGUGAUUUGCUACAUUUACUUUACCAGGGUUGUGGUCUAUGCCUUGGAGACUAUUACUUCCUACAGAUAUCUGUGGACAAGUGUUGUUGCUGCUGAGUUGGCUACACUUGCUUUCUAUACGUUCACUGGAUACAACUUUAGGCCUAAAACUCACAACCCUUAUUUUGCCAUUGAUGAAGAUGAGGAGGAAGCUGCUGCUGAAGCGCUCAAGCUUGAGGAUGAAUUUGAAUUGUGAGUAGUUUUUGUUUUUAUUGGAAUUUGUGGAGAUAGAGAAAUGUCAUGGCAUGUCAACUGAGUUUUAGUUUUUUAUGCAUAGCGGUACAUCCUCCUGUACUUUGUUGUUCCCAUAUACUACUUAUAAAAAUAUUUGUUUAUGUCCUCUAUCGGAAUCCUAUUGUCGAAAACCCUUGGAUCCUGAUUACUACAUUUCAUUAAAGUGACACUAUUUUAUGUCUGAUAUAUACUCCGUAUUUUGUAGAUAGAUAAGUGUGGCUUUGCCAUUCAGCAGUGAGCUACAUACAUCAAUGUGUAUGCAGUGUGCUUUAAUGUCCUUAUUUUGCUGAUCU